GACAAGCACAACUUUCAUAUAAACCAAACUUUCAUCAUUUCUUAUAAGCAUCACUAAGAUGGCCAGGAAGUGGCAGAAAGUGGCAGCAAUGGCAAGAAAGAUCUCCUCACCAAGAGCCAAUGAUUGCUCUGAUUUCAGUGCAUGCAGUACAUCAUCUAUUGCGGAAAAAGGCCAUUUCAAUGUGUACACUUUGGAAGGGAAGCGGUUUAUGAUUCCCUUGGCAUACCUAAACAAUGUUGUUUUCAAGGAGCUCUUGAAGAUAUCCGAAGAAGAAUUCGGAUCACCGGGCGACGGUCCAAUCACAUUGCCUUGUGACGCCACAUCCAUGGAAUAUGUCCUUUCCAUGUUGAGCAGAGGAGUUUCCCAAGAAGUAGAGAGGGCAUUGCUUAGCUCCAUUUUCACUGCUUGCCCAUCCACAUGCUCUACUUUUUCUGUACACCAUACUCAGCAGCAAACAAUCUGCAGUUUUUGAAUUCUUGACAUCUUGAUUAUGAUCUCACAAAUCGAUAUUUGUACAUUCUUCACAGUUUUGUGAUUACUAAAUUUAUCAAAAAAAUCAUU